AUGGUUGCGGCAGGGGAGUUGGUGUUGGUUGUGUUCCUCAUUAUUCUCUUGACCGGUACGGUGGUGGUGACCAACGGCUGCAUGUUUGCUGCGUUCUUCCGCAACAGGCAGCUUCGCACCGUGAACAACUACAUGUUCAUGACCCUGAGCUUCGCCAACGUCAUGGUCGGGCUCUCCUACCCUCUGCAGAGCCUCGUGAAUGUGAAGAUACUGAACUACGGUGCAGUUUGCCUACCCAUCGCUUGCGUCCUUCUCGUCUUUGGCAUAGUUAUCGCGUGGACCGUCGUUGCGCUGACGGUGGAGCGGUACCUGACCAUCCUUCACCCGUUCGCUGUACAGCGUAUCCUCACCGGGUCGCGCGUCUUGGGAAUCCUGGCCUCUAUCGUGUUUUAUGCAGUUGUGGUUGGCGCAGUCGUUCCUGGAGCUCUCUCCACGACCGCGGUUUCGCCGGAGGCGACUGCCAAUGGGGCCAAUUCCAAUGGGACAUCCGUAUGCCGACUCUACAAUCUGGUUCCAUCCCGUGCUUACCGUUUCUUCUAUCUGGCCAACAGGUUGGUGUCCAUUCCUUUCUUUCUCGGCAUUUACCUGCGGAUCUUCAUCGUUGCUCGAAGACACCUGCAAGCCAUUGCCGUGCAAGUUGUCCCUGCAGGCCAAGAGGGGCCCUUCAAUGACUCAACCGGCUCCACUGAUUCCGUGAACGACAACGCCCGCCGGGUCGGCAAGCUGUCAAAGGCCCGCUGGCGACGGGAAAUCAAGCUUACACUGCUGGUGUUCGCUAUUGCGCUCUUCCAGAGCAUCUGCUGGAUUCCCCAUACCAUACUCCUCAUGCAGAACCGAGCGCCCCCGUCCAUUUACUACACUCUUACGCACUUCUUCACCUACAGUAACACCGCGAUAUACCCCCUUAUCUACGGCCUGGGCAAUCGAGAUUUUCGCCAAACGAUGACCAGCAUGUUCGGGUGCCAUGCAGCAAGCGGGUGA